AAGUAUUUGAAAGUAUUGCAUUGAUGCUCAAACCCAGAUUCAUGCAUUCACCGUGCACAUGCAAGACAGAGGAUAAACCUUCAGUUUGCAUUUGCCGCCCAACGUAGCAGCAUGUUUCUGCUGUAUAUUUACAUCUGUACCAGCCUCAUGCUGACCCUCCCUCAGUGGACGCAUCAGUCAUGCACAGAUGGGACACCCAGACAGUGCAAAGAAGCUGAAUUUGCUCCAGGUACUAAUCUGGCCGGGGAAGGCUUCGACAUCACCAAAAUGGAGCGUAAGGGGGCCUUUGUGCUCAACAUGAAUCAGUGGCAACGAAAGGACAAAACAUGCAUGCUGUGUAGUAACCCCUAUCUGGAGAACAAAAGGCAAAAGCUCCCCCUGUCAGUGGUGGACUGGAGGGCACAACAGUCCUGCAGCACAAAAGUGGGCAGUAAACUUCACCGAUCCAGCGAGUCUCUGGUCAGUUCCAGCGCCUCUUCUGUGGAAAACAACUGGAAAACCAAUCUAGAACUUAAUGUUGGAAAUAAAGGUGCCUCACUGAUGCUGGCUGGCACCCAUUCCAAACUGGCAGAUUAUUCCAUGGCAAAAUCAAAGAAUGACAAGUUCAGCUUCACAAGCCAAAGCAUCUCCUGCGAGUACUACAGCUAUCGAGUGUCCAGCACCUCAAAGCUGCACAGAGAAUUUCACCAAGCAGUAAAACAGCUCCCCGAAACGUACAGCCCCGAAAACAAACAACAAUUUUACCGACUGAUUGACAACUUCGGCACCCAUUACAUCACCAAGGUGAAACUGGGAGGAAGUGUUCAGUCUGUGACCAGCAUCAGGCAGUGCCAGGCCAGCCUGCAGGGCCUCAGCGUGGAGGAGGUGGAGAUGUGCCUGGACGUUGAGGCGUCCGCAAACAUCAAAGUCACAGUAAACACUCAAGCAAAACACUGCAAGAAGGACACUGAGAAGACGGAGGGUAAGACAGCCUUCUCCAGCCUCUUCAACGACAGGCUCACAGAAAUAAAGGGGGGUCAUACCACGGAGCCAGAUCUUCUCUUCUCUGCCGACAAAGAUCCAGCGGCCUACAAGGAAUGGCUAAACACUGUACCACAGAACCCAGACAUAGUUUCAUCUUCCCUGAACCCGCUUCACGAGUUACUGCCUGAGAACACAGCUGCCCGGAAGAACCUGCGCUCAGCCAUUAGCCAUUACAUCCUGGAGAAAGGUCUGUGGAGGAACUGCAGUGAGCGCUGUCAGGCCGGCGUCAGGAGCGACUCCAGAGAUUCCUGUGUCUGCCAAUGCCACAACGAGCCUGCUGUAAACCAAGACUGCUGCCCGACCCGUAGGGGCAUGGCAAGGGUUAUCAUAACCGUACAACGGGCCUCUGGUCUGUGGGGAGACUACUUCACUGCCACCGAUGGUUAUGUAAAGGUGUUUGUAAACAAAUUAAUGGUCCAGCGUUCCCCUGUCAUUAACAACAACAACAACCCACACUGGGGUACGGUUGUCGAUCUGGGCCCUCAGGAUUUGUCCUCAGGACCAAGAGUGAGAUUUGAAGUGUGGGAUCAGGACAACAACUGGGACGACGACCUGCUGGGACAAUGUGAGAAAGUUCUGUCUGCUGGAGUCAAGGAGGAACUCUGUAAUCUGAAUCAUGGUCGGCUGUUCUACAAAUGGGAGGUGAAAUGUGCCCCGAGUCUGAGCGGAAAUUCAUGCACAGAGUAUAAACCUUCGCCCAUGAGUCAAAGUCUGAAGAAGCUGUAUGUGUCCCGUCAUGCCCACCCUAUUCCAAAGGCCAUACUGUUAGAGAUGGGUGUGUUUGUGAAUGAAUCGAGUUCACAGAGAAACCAGAGUCUCACUGCUGAGAGUCACAAAUUUGAUGUGAUAUAACACCUAUGUUUACUGAAGCUUACAUAUAAGGUGUUAACAGAAUUUCUUUUAUUGUACUGAAGAGACUGAUCUAAGCAAAAGGCAUCAGCCACAAGUCUUAUCCAGCGUCAAAUCUCUACUGACAACAAAAGAUGAGAAAUACAUCAGUUAGAAAAGAAAAUUUAUCUUUAAAUUUAAUCAGCAUCAAUAAUUGAAGUAAAAUCAGAGUUGUAUUUGACAGAAGUGAGUAGCUAAUUUAGAGUUCAUAGAAAAUUCAGUUUCAUCAUUCUUAUUUUAUCUCCAUAUUUGACUAUGUUGUCCUCACUAUCCCAUCCCGGCCUGGUCCUCCACAGGACAGCAAAGCAUAUGCAGCUGAUCAUAUAAAAGUCCUUGCAGUUUUUGAAAUGUGAGUUUGAUUCAAUGCAGCUUUUACUUAUAACCAUAUUCUUGCAUUUGCAUUUCGUAUUUUUUUAUUGUUUCUAUACAGGCAUUUUAUAGCAUGUACGAGUGUGUUUUCUAUAUUUUAAUCACAUUAUUGGUUUGUGGAUUUUUGAUACUAUGUUCAUUUGUAGAGAGAGAGAGAGGGCGAGAGGAGUAUAAAGUAAUUAGGCCUCAUGUUUAGAUCACACAGAGACCAUUCAUGUAGUUUGCCUUCAGUUAGUUCUUCUCUGAUGUGCACUGCUGCUUUAUACUGUAGAUCUCCUUUAUGCUGAGUUUUUAAAAUGUGUGAAUCUUUGCAUUUAUUAAUUUUCAUUUCCUGUGUUCUCAUUACCUUGUCUGUAACUUUAAUGGUAUCUUCUCUAUGAAUUUCUGCAUCUUAGAUUUACUUCGAUUUACAAAUAAACCCCUUUUUACCAGUUUAAAAACUCAGAUACUCACAUUUCAGCGUUUGUUGCUGCACUGGCCCCAUUUGGCUCAUAGUUCUCCCACAGGGCUAGCUUAAAUUGUAUCACAGCUUAUCAUAUAUAUUAAGUCACAUGCAUUUGCAAUAUACUCAGGAAACUGAUCACUAGUGUGUGACAUUCUUCUGCUCUCCCCCUACAUGGCCACAGCCCACCACCACUUCAGAGAAAUGAUAGGUUUGUGGUCGCUGAUGCCUUAGUGACUGGAAAGCCAGUCGUACUUUUAGGUUGCUAUUGUCUGUUUGAAUUCGUCUGUAGACCACCAGCUCCUCCCCUCAGUCUGCUCAGCGUCGAUGAAA